UAUCUCAUUGCUUUUGUAACACUGAAUUAUUAUUGUUGCAGGUUCUGAAGUUUGUUUUUAUAAUUUGUGAUAACCAUGUUUUCGUGUAAGAAUUAGCUCAACGGUAUAAUUAAUAAUGUGAAUGAGAAAGUAAUAAAGAGUUGCAACAUGAUAUCAAUUUAAAGUAAUUCAUGUGCCGUAUGUUUUAAUUUCUACUGUCCCUAAUUAGUUUUUAUAAAUGCACUAAACAAAGCGUUAAUUAUAUAGUAUCCCGGUUAAUUCAUAUCUUUUGGAUGAAAUACUAGCAGAAAUAUGCCUGCUUAAAAUACAUUUUCGUUCGUGUGUACCAUCUAAUUGUAUCGAAAACGGAUUUUGUGAAACGUGUAUAUGGUGGAUAAAUAUACAAGCAUAUAAGAAUUCCAUUAAACUCGUAGCUACCUGACAAGUAAUAAAAUGGAUGAUAAUUUAAUCACAGAAUCAGAGACAAAAUCAAGAGUAGCCUCUUAUUCAACAAUCAUAAGUUCGAAUGCUUUAGCAAGUACUAUCGGAACAUUGUCUUCGACUCCUCCUAAGUCAUUAGAUUCCAGAACGAUACGUAAUUCUUAUCCCGUUGAUACUAGUUCACAAAGUGAUGAUUCAGAUAAUGAAUAUUUAGAUAACAGUAUCGAACUCCGCGGUUAUCUCAGCAAAUGGACAAAUUAUAUAUAUGGCUGGCAACCACGUUAUAUAGUUCUGAAGAAUGGUACUCUUUCUUAUUAUAAGUCAGAGUCGGAGUCAGACCUUGGUUGCCGUGGAGCUAUAUCUCUCAGUAAAGCUGCAAUCAAAGCUCACGAUACUGAUGAACUACGCUUCGAUGUGGUCGUUAACAAUUACAAUAACUGGUGCUUACGUGCGGAAACACCGGAAGAUCGCAUGCACUGGGUCGAAGUACUUCAGAUGUAUAAAGAGGAGUCGGGAAGCACUGAUACCACAUCGUUGCGUCGUCAUGGAAGCGCAAUAUCUUUGCAAUCCAACACAGUGUCUGUAGCUAGUGGCAGUAGUCUGAAAAAAUCACAAAGAAACUUGAAGGAAAAAGUUGGAGAAAUAGAGACGUUUAAGGACAUUCUUUUCGGACAGAUAGAAACUCUUCAAAGAUAUUUUGAUGCGUGUGUCGAUGUUAAUAAGUUAACAGGAAAACCUCUGGAUUUGGGUGAUGGUCUGAAGCCAAUCGAUUUUAAGGGAGAAUCUAUCACAUUUCGUGCUACGGCUUCUGGAGUAUUGACAACACUUCAACACUGCUUGGAAAUUAUUGCCGAAAGUGACGAUUUGUGGAAAAGAAAAUUAGAGCGAGAAAUAGAAAGGAGGAAACGCUCAGAAGAACAAAAUCG